UCCACCGGACAUCCUGGGGGAAGUGUCAGUAAAGUAGAAGGGGGUAGAAAGCGGUGGUCUCUGUUUUCAGCGUGGACCUAAAGAUACUGUUGCCAUGAUUCGCUUUAUUCUGAUCCAGAACCGGGCUGGCAAGACACGUCUGGCCAAGUGGUAUAUGCAGUUCGACGACGACGAGAAGCAGAAGCUUAUUGAGGAGGUCCAUGCGGUUGUGACUGUGCGGGAUGCAAAACACACCAACUUUGUCGAGUUCCGCAACUUCAAAAUAAUUUACAGACGCUACGCAGGGCUCUACUUCUGCAUUUGUGUGGAUGUGAAUGACAACAAUCUGGCCUACUUGGAAGCCAUUCACAACUUUGUGGAGGUUUUGAAUGAAUAUUUCCACAACGUCUGUGAACUCGACCUGGUCUUCAACUUCUACAAGGUUUACACCGUGGUAGAUGAGAUGUUCUUGGCCGGCGAGAUCCGGGAGACCAGCCAGACAAAGGUCUUGAAGCAGCUACUCAUGUUACAGUCCCUAGAAUGAGAGACAGAGAAAGGAAUCGGCGAGGUCUUGCCACGAACCCUCCAGGCUCAUCUCUCUUCACCCAGUCCCCUGAAUCAGUGACUUGCACAAACCGAAGUUGGCCAUUUACUCCAUAGUUGGAGGUGGGGGGUAGGGGGGGGAAGCAUCUCGAAUCGGACACCAGUCCAUGUUUCCAGGCUUGCUUUGCCUGUCUCCUCACAAGGAGAAAGGCAGAGGAUGGGAAGUCGCCUGGGUGGGGUUGCCUCUUUUUCUCACAAGAGGGUGCAGAUCAGAAGGGAAGGAAGUCCCGCUAUCCCACUGCUGACACAAUCUCAGCAACUCCCCUUCUGUACAACCAGUCCACGUCCCCUUCUCUAUCCAUUCCUGUUAACAUGUUGCGCUGUGUCUGUUGUGGAAGAAGGACCAUAACUGUAUGUAUGUUGUGAGUGAUGGCGAGUGCUUUGUGCUGCCAGUGAAGUGAUGUACUGAAAUAAAGUGUCUGUUCAUACUUUAAAAAAA